AUGUGCUAUUCUUCAUAAUCUCGAUCUAAAGAGAAGUAAUAUUUAUUUUAAUGAUGAAACUAGGAUUGGACACAAUAUAAAAAUCCCUUAAAAUUUUGUAAAAAAAAUUUAUUUUCUAAAAAUAAUUGAUUAUUCCUAGUAAACAAAACCAGUUGGUAUAUUAAGUGCAAUUAGUCAAGAUAACUAUUUGGCUUACUAAGUUUUGAAGAUGUUAUAUAGUUUUGUUGAUAGAUGA